GAGAAAUUUUUGUCAACAUGUCGGACAAUGAGGACUUAUUAGGCGACGAUCUUGGUGAUCAAAGUCUCGCGGACUAUAACUUGGGCAAUGAAGAGGAGGAACAGCUUUUGGCUGAUGAUUAUGACAAUAGUGCGUCACAAAAUGUCCCCACGUCUGGUGCUUCUAACUAUCGCGGCGGAGGUGAUACUGCUGCUACCGAAUAUCCAAAUCAUAAUGUCGAAUACACCCAACAGUCAGCUUCAUAUCAAGCGGUGGCAGAAAGUGAAUGUGUCGUACCCAAUAUAACAGUUGAAGUACCAAAUGCACCAUUACCAGAGCAUUCCACGUAUGCACCAUACCCUGAGCCACCAGUGUAUGAAGCAGAGCAUGCUGUAGUACCACCAGCUAUUCCUGCCGCGCCAGCUGAAUCUCCGCAGAUUGUCCCUUCAGAAGUAACCACAUCUCUUGCCAAUGGUGAUCUCGGAGGUCCACGGGAAAGGUUCACAGCGGAGAGGCCUCCGGGUGUUCAAAGAAUGCCCCAAGUUAGAGAUAUCCCCGACAGUUUAGACAAAGUGUACGUCCCCCGAGGAGGCUUCAUUGGUCGUGGUCGUAACACGUGGAGAAGCCCAAACUAUCGCACUCCGCAUCCUUACCGCAGAAAUAAUACACAUCGGGGUAAUUUUAUGUCGAGGCCAUCAUUCCCACCACCACAAAUGCGUUCCAAUCUCCAACCAAACCCACAGAUCAGACCAAAUGUCCCCGAAAUUCGUUCGGAAAUAUUACAACCCCCUCAAAUGGGGCCAGAAGUAUCCCCAGAAAGACCGAUGCUCCCCCAAGAUAUGCCAAAUGCUUACAGACCUCAAGAAAACAGACCAUACCCCCAAAAUUUCCCAAGAUUCCAACAAUUCCGGCCGAAUUUGGACGAACCCAGACCCUUCGCGCCGAACGUCCGGCCGAAUUUUGAACCUAGACCUAUGUUCCAAUACCAGCCAGGCUAUAAUCCUAGACCUUUCGCACCACCAAUCCGGGAAAUAGCUCCGAGCAGUGUCAGCCACAUACCCCAAGUGACUAUACGCCAGCAGCUCCCAGCAGUGGCCAGUAACCUGCCCAAGAUGGAUAAGUUUCCUCCAAAGGGCAUGAGCAGAGAGCCAGAAGUGCGGAUGCUUCCGGUACAGUUGCCACCUAAUAUCCCUCCAGGUGGCUUAGCGGGGAAGAAAGUCUUGAUCAAUCCGCACUUUAAAGGAAACUUUCAACCUCCUGUUGAGGGGUUGCCAACGUACAUACCAACAAGAAUACAAAAGACUCCGCCGCUCAGUCCUACACUGGAGAGUAAAUUUGGUCCCAUCAAGGACAUCGACGAUGCAGCUGAGAGAUUCAUAGCAGAGCAGAGGAACGCUCUCGCCCGUGCUGCUAGCAGGAAGAUAGCGAGGAGAUCUCCGCAAAGAUACAUAGAGAACACUACAAUUGAAAUAGAGAACGAGUUGGCUAGGCGCAGCGAAGACGAGGAAUUACUGAGGCGUCAGGAGGAGUUCAUCAACGCCAACCGAGCUGGACUGCGGAGAAGGAUGCGGUCGGCCAGCCCGGCGCGCCGCUCGCCGUCGCCGCGCCGCAGCCCGCCGCCGCGCCGCGCGCGCCCCAGCCCGCCCGACGAGGAAAGUGAAUACAGAAGGCGUUUGAGAGAGCAGGAAAGCUUGCGGGAGAGAGUUCUGCGAGCGAAGGAAGUUAGACGCAGGAAGAACGCGGUCGCCUUACAGAAACAACUACAGGAAAGGGAUCGUGAAAAGCAAGACAAAGAUAGAGAGGUGCCGAAACCUGAGAACCCGAAGCCAGUCGAGACCAACACGGACAAUAAACCAACAAGUACACAGCCGGACAAGCCGGACACUACCAGGAAGUCACCGGAGAAAACGGAAACUGUGGAGAAAGUGGAGAAGACUAGAGAAAGAUCUCCAAUUAAGGCAGCGAAGGAUGAUGCAGAAGUUAAUUCUACUUGUGAAAACCUUACACCACCAAGAGAGAAAAUGCCUCAAAAAGAGAAGAUUAUUUCACCGGAGAGAGAUCUGACUCCACCGCUGCCUGACACUGUGAAGCGACAGGACACGAGGAUGGACAGCGACGAUGAGCUGGACCUCAUUCUGGAUGACAUUGAUGACAUUCUCUCCGAUGAUGAGGAUAGCGGACGAUUCAAGGAAAAGCCCAAAACCGUGGAGCCUCCAAAGCCGAAACUUCAAGUGGAUCUUCGUAGCAAGCUCCCUCCAAAAUCGACAGAGACCAAGGCACCCAGACAGAAGAUUGUCUUCAAUGAACAGAAGGACGAUAAGAAAAAGAAAGAAAAGUCUCCAAUACGCAGAACCGUGGUGACCAGUUCAACCAAGGUUGAGGAGAGCAGGGACAAGAAGUCCACUAAGUCUGAAAAAUCAAAAGGGGAAGAGAAACCAAAAUCGCAAAACUUCACCAACCGUCGCGUUAUCCUGCAACGCAAGAGCGUGACGGCGCCGGCGCCGGCGGCCGGCAUCUUUAGCCGUGCGGUCCGGACCGCCAUCGGACCGGACCGGACCGCGCUGCUCGCCAAGCGGUCCGACGAGCCGGAGGUCGAGUACGCCUCGGACUCGGACGACGACGCGCCGACCAGGCCGGCUGCGGCCGCGGGCAAGCUGGCCCACGUGGACAACCUGCCCCACGGCAUCACCGACACCAGGCUCCGCACCCUGGCCGGUGAUCACGUGCAGAGUUUGAUAUUGGAUAAAGAAGAGCGCAGUGCGAAGAUAACGUUCAAGACAACCGUCGCCGCCGAGAAUUUUAAGAGGAAGUUUAACAACAAAAUGGUUGCCGCGAGCAGGCUUACUGUCACUUUACGAUAGAGUACACGGUUAUACACUAAAUGGGUUUAUCUUUAUGUCUGAGCUGCAUUUUAUAAUCGUUGCUCUAUGUUCCUACCGAGUGAGUUUACACCAACUCGAGCGAUUCGUGUGCUACAUUGAUAGUUUGUAAUAAAUACGGAAAUUUCAAAUGUCAGUGUGAUUUUUUUAGUUGUUUAAACCAUAGAAUUAUAGAAAUAUAUACUCUAGGGAGUAUGAAAAAACCAGUUCGUUUUAUUUUUAAUAUUAAAAAUACGAAAAAUAAAUUAUGGUAGUUUUUUUAAAUCGGAACUGUUAAUAUUUUAUCGUGCCUCUCGCUUGCACUUACAGUUUUUAUGACCCUAGUGAUGUACGUAAUAAUAUCGACAAAUUAAUAUUUUCUUGCAACAUGCUAUUCGAUAUAAAAAUUUACUUUUUAUUUAAAAAACGACUUAUAAAAACGUUUUAACAUUUAAUUCAUUCGUGACUUAUAGACUACCAAAUGCUCGAAUGCUAUAUUUUAAGCAUAAUAUUUUGUCUUAGGAUUAAAAAUUACUGUAGUUGUAUAUGUUUAUUACUGUGUUCAUUCAAAAACACAAAAAUAUUUACAAAUACGUUUGACUACAGCAAAAUGUGCGAUAGAAAUAUCAUAGAAACAUUACUUUUAUUAAGAUUACAUAAAAGUAUUUAAAAAUGUAUUGAAUGUUUACUUAUUCACAAAUUGUACGCAAUAAAUGACUACUAUUUACAUUUAAAACAAAUGCUACAUCGACAUUUUUGUCUCACGACUUUAUUGUAGAUAUUUUGUUUAUCUAUUCAAACAAUAACAUUUGCAAUAUAUCCCAUAUUAUUUUUUUUACUUUAAAAGCAAAUGUAAGUGUUCUUUGGUAAAAUGAUAUAAAGUUUAAAUUGAUAAUAUAUUUUUACAUUGCCCAAAGUGUGGUUUGUUAGAAAAAUUAAUUAAUUAGAAUCUAAAUGAUCGAUAUUCAUCUCCAUAAUUGAAUACACAUCACUUAAAUGUCAGCAAACGGCUUGUUUGUAACUUUUGAUAACUAUUGUUCUUAUAUUUCUCAUUGUAAACACACAAUAAAAUAUUUAUGCUUGUGAUUAAACUCUAAUAUAGCUGUAACUUGCCAUAUCUGUCACUUGGUAGUUUUUUAACAAAGCAAGCUAGAAGAAUAUUUUUGUAAUACUGCGUUAAAAUAUUUCUAAUGUAUAAGCACAUUGUUAUUUUAUGUAUAGUUUUAUUCUAUGUACAUUUUUUUAUUUCGG